AGGUCACAUCAGCUUUGCACAAGUGGUUGCACACUCAACCCUGCUGACGCGGCUUCCAAAAAAAUGCCACAUGGCUAACGCCGGCUCCUUGGGACUGGCCCAGCUCCUUCAGAGGAGGGAAGCAAGUUCCCUGCUGGUGCAGCUCCGAAGAACGCCCAAUGCUUGAGAAGACAGGAAAGCGAGACCCACGGCAAGAGCUCACAAUGGAGGGCCGGAAGCAGGCCUUGAAAAGCCCACAAAAGCUCUCUCUGCUCUCGUCCCCAGUGCGGGCUGCCAUUCGCCUGCGGAGGACAGCUCAUGCCUUUAAGAAGAACUUCCUGCCUGGGGACUCCAAAGUGAAGCUUCUCCAGAGGCAGAUUUCCUUGGGGAAGGCCCGGCUGGGCAGUGCCUCCGCCUCUCUCUUGAGCCAAGCGAGCUUUGAGAGUUCUCAGUACUUCACUUUUGAUACCUCGGUGCAGGAGCCCUCAACAAGAUCCAGCAAGCGGAGGAAGAGGUCCAAGAACCCCAGGGUAUUGUACCCAGGAAGCUCCAAGAAAUACCUCCCUGCUGAGCACAAGAGCAAAGCCAAGAGGUGCCUCCUGUUGCUCGUCGGAAUUGUCUGCUUCCAGAUCCUGAACGCCAUCGAGAAUCUGGACGAUAAUCUCCUGAAAUAUGAUCUGGAUGGUCUGGAGAAGACAAUGCACCGGGAGGUUUUUGGGCAGGCCUUAGCGGUCGAGAGCAUUGUGGCGUUGCUCAAGGACUACCUAGCAACCCACAUACACAACAAACCACUGGUCAUCUCCUUCAACGGCCCAAGCGGGGUUGGGAAGAGCCACGUCGGUUGGCUGCUAGCCAAACAUUUCAGGUCAGUCAUGGGGCACAACUCUGUGCUCCAUUACUUCGCCAUGCACCACUGCCCGGACAGCGCUUCCACAUCAGCCUGCCAGCAAGAUUUAUCUAAGACGAUCAGCGAGAUGGUCACCCAAGCCGAAAUUGAAGAGAAGAUCCCCGUGUUUAUCCUGGACGAGGUGGAGUUCAUGUCUACGGCCUUGCUGGAAACACUGGGUGGGUUCUUCCAGACAAACCAAACCAACGAGUUCCUCAAUGCCGUGUACAUCCUGAUAAGCAACCUGGGGGGCAACGAGGUCGCCAAUGUUCUCCUUCAGAAUGCCUCUGGCGACCUACUCCUGCAGCCCCAGAGGAAGGUGGAGUUGCUGCAGGCUGCUCUCCGUCCUGUCCUUGACCAAGUCCACCCUCUUUGGAUGUUGGCGGAGAUCGUUCCCUUCGUCUUGCUGGAGAAGAGCCACAUCCUGAGCUGCUUCUAUGAGGAGAUGAUGAGCGAAGGCCUUUAUCCCGAUCCAAGCCACGUGGAGAGCUUAGCCAGCCAGCUCAACUAUUACACUCAAGGGGGCCAACAGUAUGCCAUCACCGGUUGUAAGCAAGUUAUAGCCAAGGUGAAUCUACUGUAAAGGACAAGUGGGAACCUCUGACAAAAGGGCUGCCUUUCCCCCUCUUUUCAUUAUGGAAGGGUGAACUGCAGGGGUCGAGAACUUUCAGCCCAUGGGCCAAAUGCAGCCUUCCAGGCUUCAUUAUCCCUCACAUGUACUGGGUUGACCAAUGUCUAGACUUGUUUGCAAAUGAAUAGGGAUGAGAGCUGGCUUUUGGUUGCCAGAAUGUACAGCUAGGAAUAUAGGAAGCGAAGGACUUACACUUGAGCUUGCUUUUCCCCUCUUCCUUCCCAUUUCUUUUUUUUACCUCACAUGUCAUGUCUUUUUAGAUUGUGAGCCUGACUGCAAAGGACUGCCUUAGUACUGGUUAUUGUGAGCUGCUCUGAGACCCUUUUCUUUAUUUCUUUCUUUGGCUAAAAGGUGGGGAUGUGAAUGCCAUGAAUAAAUGAAUAUGCCUUUAGGGAGAGGGAUGAUUUUUCAACCACUCUGUAAACUGUAGCUCUGGAAGGGGGAUAGGGGGUUGUCUAGCAACUCCCAGCAGUCUUAUCAAACGACACUCCCAGGACUCUUUUGGGGAAGCCAUGAUUGUUUAAAGUGAUAUGAUACUGCUUGAUAGUGUGGAUGGAGCCCGAGGUAUCACUGGAGUUGAAGGAAAGGCAUAACUCUCAUGGUGUUAAUGUGAAGCACGGCCAGUGAGAGGUGUGGCUAGGGGAGAGUUCUGAGGGCCAGAUAGAGAGGACAUGAGGGCCACAUUUGGUCCUCAGGCCCUGAGGUUCACCAUCCCAGCUAUACCUGUAAAUGCUUCUGAAUCGUGCUUUUUCCCUUUAAGGGGCACCAGCAAGUUUCCGAUCUUGAACUGGUGGCUCCCAAGGGUCAAAACAGAAGAAAGCCUCUUUGAGUGAUGGGUAAAAGAGAAAAGCUUACACAAUUACAAGGAGAAACAAAGAUUAGAAUAUAACUGCAUUUAAUCCUGGUGGUUUUCAAAUAAAAGUUGCCUCCAGAUGGAGGCUUAAUAUUGUAAACAGGUCAUUCAGAUAUUGCAAAUGAGUUGUUGGCAAAA